ACUAGUAUACUAAGCGCUAGCGCUAGCGCUAGCGCGAGUACUAGUAUAGUGUAGACUGCACUGCAUGCAGUCUUACUACUGCAUAUUUUUACAUUAUAUACAUCUGACUACAUGUAGCUAGUGGGCGCAAAUGAGUCAUUAACUAAUUCCAAACCAACCUGACUAUGGAUGGCCGUGAUAACUCAAAUGUCGGUUCUAGUGACUCUGAGGGAAUUCCUGCCAGGCCUCCUCCAAAGAGAGCAAAGUCAAAAUCCAGAGUAUGGGACAGAGUGGCUCGCCUUGCCAGAAGAACCAGAAGCUCAAGAGAAGGAGACAGUGACUUUGCUUCAACCGGAGAAGAAGCAGGGGAGGCUGACCUUCCAUCAGAGCAAAUGGACUUGAGUGAUGGCCCUUCUACUAGUUCCUAUCAUGCAACAAAUGUAAAAAAACAGCAGCUCUCAGAUUGUAGUUCCUCAAGUGAAGGUGACCUAGCAACAUGUGGCAAUGCAGUCAGGUCGCCAAAGCACACUUGCUACAAUCCACCAGAUAACAGUGAAGUAAUUUAUCAGCACUGUGUUCGUCCAAGUGCUGUCAAGGCAAUGUUCAGACCGGCAGAACUAAAGCUUCACAGUGAUCAUGUUCAAUUGAGAAAGAAGCGAAAUCCAAGCAGUACCAUUUCUUGCAGACAUUCAGAUUGUGCUCUUGAAGUACAAAAGCAUCGCAAUGACUGCUGCCAUUGUCCAUCUUGCUGCUGCUGUCGCCGUGGGAAUUUAGGUACUUGUUCUGGCAGCUGGCCUAGGAAUAGGUCUUGUCCUUUGCGUAUGAGUUUGAGGAUGCCCAUUCAGCCAUCUAAGGCUGUGCAGUCUCCGUCCUCAUCUCCCCGUAGCAAGAAUCUGUGGAAGCGUAACUCAGUACAAGGUCCUCUCAUGACGAAAUCAGUAUCCCUCCAGAGUGAGCGUCCAGGCAGUGCAAUGUAUGACAUGAGGAUAGCUAACAUGGAGUGUGGGGAGGAAGAGAAAGCUGCAUUGAGAGCCAAUCGAUCCCUGGACAUGUUGCACAGUGCUGUCAUGCAUGAUGUCAAGGGCUUGUCAAGAAGCAUUCCAUUGUUUUGUGAUCAGGAUAGAACAAUUAAUGAACAAAAUGGUAAUGAGCAGAAAAUAAAAGAGAAACCAGUUGAUCAGUGGAAAGAUAAAGUUUCAGGUCUUGUAUUCAAGGAGAGACUAGAGUCCAUCCUUGGUUGGUUCCGGGAGUUCAAUGACCAGCAGAAAAACAUGAUGAUGAAGAGGCUUGUGGAGGAGUGUGAUUUGCCUCAGAUGCACAUGUUAUCUGUUACUAUGGAACCUAUCCUACAUCAACACUGCCCUCAUAACUGCCAAGAUUUAUUGUCAUGGUUACCAAACCAGCUCUCAACAAAGAUCCUGAGUUACCUUGACCCAGUGAGCUUAUGUCGGUGUGCUGGAGUGAAUCGGGCCUGGAAAGCUCUUGCUGAGGAGUCCUAUCUUUGGAGUAAUCUUUGUCUUCAACAAAAAUGGCGUUUAUCUCAAGUAGAAGAACACAAGCAGAUGAUAAACCAUAUGGGAUCCAGCAUACAGUGGAAACAAGUAUUUGCUGAGCGCUACAGGCUACGUAGAAACUGGUUGAAAGGCUACUGUACUGUAAGAACCUUUGAAGGUCAUACUCAGGGAAUCUCCUGUGUCCAGUUUGAUGAUACAAGGAUAGUGAGUGGUUCCUCUGACAAGACAAUUAAGGUUUGGAAUAUCCGAACGAACUCUCCUUGGUCCGUCCAGACCCUUGUCGGUCACUCAGGAACCGUCCGAUGUCUCCAUCUAGAAGGAAAUCGUCUUGUUAGUGGUUCUACAGAUACCACUAUAAAGGUCUGGGAUUUGUCAAUGCAGAGUAGUUGGUCAAGCAUUGCAUGUAGAGUGACCAUGACUGGACAUCAUGAUAUGGUCAGAUGUCUUCAGGUAGAUGAUGAUAAGGUGGUCAGUGGUUCAUACGAUCGGACACUCAAGGUCUGGGAUAUCCGUACUGGUCAGUGUAGAUUGACCCUUAGUGGUCAUCUAGGUGCUGUGAUCUGUCUUCAGUUUGAUGACUUUAAGAUAAUAUCAGGGUCUGCUGACAAGACUAUCAAGAUAUGGAGUUUAUCAAGUGGACUAUGCAUGCGUACACUGAUGGGUCAUCAGAACUCAGUUACUUGUCUUCAGUUUGAUGCUAGUAAGAUCAUCAGUGGCUCAUUGGAUAGUAACCUCAAGUUUUGGGAUCUUAAGACUGGAGAAUGCAUCAGUACAAUAGACUGGGUCAAUGCAGAGGGUCAUACUGGAGUAGUCAGGUGUCUUCAAGCAGAUAGCUGGAGGGUUGUGAGUGCAGCGGAUGAUCGAACACUUAAGGUUUGGAACAUUGAUACAAGGGAAAGGAUUGUCACGCUUCGUCACCAUAGCGAUGGAGUCACAUGUCUACAGUUCAACAACAGUAAAAUAGUCUCGGGAUCAUACGACAAGACUGUAAAGCUUUGGGAUUUCAGUGCAGUUUGACCGCUGCCUAUCCAAACUUCUACUCAUUACUCGUCCCUACCUACUCAUUCAUGUACUUGUAUGAAUGUUAGACUGUGUUAGUACUGCGUAUGAGACAAAAUACAUCACAUAAUAUGAAUUCAUUAUCAAUUUAAUACUUGAUUUUGAAUUAAAAAAUAGAUGUCAAAGGUCACAUAGAAUUUAAUUCUUCAGAGUUAAUAGACUUUUAAAGCAAGGGUUUCUAUUUCUAUUUCAAAGUUACAAUUUCCAUUUUGAUUGGGCUAAAAUUGGCUUGAAUAUAAUGCAAGGAUAUAAUAUUUCUGAUUGGCAAUCGGUCUAAAUGCUCAUAGAAUGGUCCUGGUUUUAAAGUCUCUAAAAGAACUCCUAAAAAGUUUUUUUUAAUGCAACAGGUACUUAAUUUUUUAUGCAACUAAUAGAAAAUGAUUUUAAAGGUAUAAAUUAAGAAUGGAAUGGAAAUAGUAUCUGAAGUUAGUGGGGCAAAAUUACUGUAUGAAACCUCUGUAAUCAUCCAUUUGUAGAAUUAUUAAUAAAUUGGGAUGAAUUUCUGGCAAUAAAUAUGCAAACUCUGUUGUACGAGAGGGUGCGAAAGAAGGUGGUUGUUUUCUGGAAAACAUUCAUACAUUCUGGAAAACAUUCAUACAUUCAGCUACUCUGCCACUGUUAUUUAUAUUAUUGAGAAAUUCAUAUUAUUCUACCCCACAAUGCAAUAGCUCUGAUCCUGCCUGUGGAAGAUAGUAAAAGCAGUUUGAAUUCUACAACUAAGUUGGUUAAGGUUUGUUAACACCAAAUAAUUUAAAAUACAACUCAUAGGUAAUAUUCCCAUUGCACUCUGUAUCUAUGCCUCUUGUAGAAUGCGACAGCAAUUAUAGUGCAAAUGAGUAGCCAAAUAAAAUCAGAGUAUUUAUUAUUAUUACUUUUUUAUAGAUAUUUGACAUUUAAGAACAUAUUUCCCCCAAAGAAUGUGGGACAUUGUUUAGCAGAUGUGCAUAGUGGCUGAAUACAACUGAAAUAUAUAACCAAGCUGAAGUGACAUGCAUACGGUUUGUUUUAUAAUCUCACCCAUUUUCUGUGUGAUAAAUAUCAGAAAUGGCAUAUUUUCAAAAGAAAAUGGCCAUUGCACUCUGAAUAGUUGGAUUUUGCAAAUGUUAUUUUUGUGUAAUCAUUGGGCCGUAUGCAUAAAAACAAGCAAUUGCUUGUGCUAGCCUUUUGCUUAAAUCGGUAUGCACACAAACAAGCAAUUGCUCAUAAGCAAAAGCUUUUGCUUACAAGCACAGACAAUGGGCCGUAUGCAUAAAAACAAGCAAUUGCUUGUGCUAGCCUUUUGCUUGAAUCGGUAUGCACACAAACAAGCAAUUGCUCAUAAGCAAAAGCUUUUGCUUACAAGCACAGACAAUUGCUUACUACUCGCAAAUGCUUACCAAACAAGCAAUUGCUUAAAACCGUAUGCAUAAAACAAACCUUUUACUUGUCUUGAUAAGCAAUUGCUUGCGUUUUUUCAAGCACCUCCAGACCAGCUUGAGCUCUUGCUUACUCAUGGCA